GCCAGAGACACAGCCAGGGACUUUAGCGAUGCCCGGAAUGGGUAGGCUCAGUGCCCUGAUCGAAUUAGUGAAUAUGGCUGAGCGACUGGACCAGAGUGAUGUGGUAAGCGAGCUCGCGAAGAGCAUCAGCGAUGAGACGGAGCCACAACUGACCAGCAGCAGUGACUGCCUGCUAGCCGAUCCACUGAGUGGCCGGUUUGGUGAAGCCACAGACAAGCUUCUCGAUCAAGUGGAUCCCCGGAGGACCGCCACUACUUUCAAGAGAAUCCUGAAAGACUUGAGGAAGCGACGACCGUCCGACCACACGGGGGGCCUCUAUGACGACUACCUGAGAAUAUUCUCCCAGGCGCUCAGCGAUCAGUCCCCCGCCACCAGUGAAGGGAAUUCUCCCAUGGAGUGGAAUGAUAUGAGCUCAUGUCGCUGUGAAAAUUCAAAGCCAGCGAUGCUGGCAGCUGAUCAGGGCCAAGUGCAGGCCAAGAAACAGACCAAGCAGAGGGUCGUGGAUAAGUUAUCCGGAGCUCCGGAGCUGAACGGCGGCCUCACGCCGUACUACUUGCCGAAGUCGAGGAGCCGUCAGCUCAUCUGGAACGAGGUUCCACUGGUCGAGCCGGGACUGAGCUUAGAGCCCCAUAAAAUGACAAAGAAAGCGCGUCUGCACAACGAAAAUAAAGGACUCAAAGCACGUCCUUCCCCAGCGGCAGAUCCCAUCCAUUUUGUAAUCAAACAGUCGUCGUUGUACAGCCUCAUCGAUACGUACCAAAGGCAGAUGCAGAGCCUAAGGCAGAGCCUGCAUUCCAAACAUGAUUGGUGGAAGGAAGUGAUAGAUAGAGGCCUGGCACCCGGCCAUUCACCAUCCAAGCGGUACGCGGUCGCAGCUCCCGAUGACCCAGUGUCCUUCCCCGAGGAACUAGCCAAUCAAGCUGACAUGGGCUCCGAGCCGCAGAUCGGGGGGGAUUUGAUUGACAAUAUGGGCAGUCAGAUGAAUAUGUCACCUAUGGAGCUGUUCCAGAGUAUUAUGGGCUCGAAUGUGGGUUCGGGACACCAGAUCGGCGGUGGCCAGGCAGGGAAUUCAACAUUAAAUACAUUAUGGAAAUUGAAGCUACCACUAGAGACGUUUAUAGAGGAUCCGCAGCCACAGGAACAGCCCGCACAGGAUCCGCCGAUCCAGAGGCCGUCGAAAAACGAUUCAAGUGCACAGGAUCCAACCAGUUUAGGCCCAGUGCUGGACAAGAUCCUGCAGCGUUUGGAGACCCUGCAGGAAAGCAAAUGCAGCAACAAUACCGGCAACGAAAAGGACCAUGGCGAUUUGUCCUGUUGUUUUACCGAUCCAGCAGAUGGUGCACCCUGCGACAUAAUUGGCUCCUGGGAGUCCCUUGUGCUGGGCGUGCGGAUCAACAUCCAAGCUCCUAAGAAAAGCAAGAGUGCCGAGGGAGAGAAGAGGCCAACCUGUUAUAACCCCAGGCUGAGUAAAUCUCGGCGAGAGUGCGUGAAGAUUAACCAAUCCCAGCCGAAGGACAGGGCUGACUCUGAGAAAGAGGAACUCAUUCAGUCCGACCUGAUGAUCAAUGUCAGCGUGCAGGAGACGGUGCCGCCACGAGCCCAUGUGAUCGUCGAGAACCUGGACGACUGGGAUUUUUCGGGGCACACCCUGAGCGUGAUGGGGGGACCCGUCUCGCUGGCCUUCCGCAAGGUAAAGUCCAAUCUGGUGGGCAACUUUGUCGGCUAUUGUCGCACCUGCGGCUGCGUGGACACCAUAUUUGGAUCGUGGACCUUCUGUCAGCCAUCUCAAGACUGCCAGGACAUCAUCAUGUCCCUGGUGGAUAGGCGGGAUCUCUUGAGGCGCUAUAGUCUGGACGAGAAGCAAAAGGGUCGCUACAAGGAACAGAUUUACCUGGGCAGCAGGUUCGCCCAGAAGGAGAAGGAGCGCAUGGAACCCGAGUCAAUGAAUUCACAAAAAUCCACUCCCCAGACACAGAGGGGCCAGGCCACAGAGGAGGAGGAAUGUGAAUACACUCUUUGGUAAUAAUUAACAUAGCAUUAGCCGGCAGCCGGCAUCUGACAGCCGACAGCCGACAGCCACAACAGUAACCUCAGCCUCAGCCUCAGCCUCAGCCUCAGCCUGAGUAUUCCAAUCCAAUUCCAAUGACAUGGACGGGCAUCAACUGCAUGAGAAAGCAGAUUGAGGUUUGAGGUAAGCUUCUGCCUUCUGUGUAUUUGCUAUCGCGCCAUGUUCGAAGCGGAUUAAGGAUUGCACAGGCUCUGAGGGGCACCCAUUGAUACUUACAGUCUCAUUGCAUCAACUGCAUGGCGAAAAAAAGCUCUGUUUUCGGUUCGAUUUAAGCCGAGGAAAGGCAAAAAGUGUUGAAUAAAUUUUUCGAUAU